AUGGAGCCAGACAUGUCAUGGGACGCGGAAAAUUUUGAGCCUAAACUGCCGACCACGUUGACAUCAUCAAACAAAUGGGAAGGCGAGGACGAGGAAGAGGUUGUCAAGGAAAGUUGGGAGGAUGAGGAAGAAGAAAAAAAAGAUGAGGAGAAAAAAGAGCUACCCCCACCGCCUGCGAAACCUAAAAAGAAAAUACUGGAUAAAAUUGCUGAAAAAGAGCGCUUAGAAAGAGAGAAAGCAGAGCGACUGGCCGCAGAGAAAGCAGAGGAGGCACUCACCCCUGAACAGAGACUUGCUGAGAAGCUUCGCCAGCAGAAAUUGCAAGAAGAAUCAGAUUUGAGGCUUGCUUUGGAAACAUUUGGUGUAUCUGAAACCGGUGGCGGCAGACUGGACAGUUUCCAUCCCACAAAUAAAGAGGAGUUUACAGAAUUUGCAGAGCUGCUCUGCAAGAAAAUCAAUAUAUACAAAAGCAAGGAAGAAUUUCCAGGAUUUGUUGAUGAGCUUGUCAAAACCAUCGUUGUUCAAAUGACAUCAGCCGACAUCAAGAGGAUAAAGAUGACUGUCGACAACCUAUACAUUGAGAAGCAAAAAGCUGAGAAGAAUGACAAGGCAAAGAAGGCAAACAAGGGCAAGGGCAAAGCUAAAUUAAAAGUCGAGGGCGAUAAUGCUCAUCUAAACCAAUACGACGCGUACGGCAACUUCGACGAUGAGUACGAUGAUUUUAUGUAG